AUGAAGCGUUUCCUCCUCAUCCUCGCAGCCACUGCUACCAUAUCUACCGCGGCUCCCACAACUAGCGAUAACUGUCAGGCUUGUAAGACGUUCUACGAUCGUUGUGUGGCUGGCAACUGGGGUCUCGGCAACUACCGGGGCCAGUGGCGCAACUGCCGGGACGAUACCUGCAUUGCGAACUAUCCGCUUACUUUCACACCCAUGGAGUGCGGCCAUUGCGGAUACUGUGAUUGGAAGAAGGGCGAGGAGCAUGGCGAGAUGGCCACAGGUAGAGCUCUUGCUGGUGGUGCAGCUGGUGAGGCCGGAAAGGUCUGA